UGCUGUAUUCUCUCCAGUGUUUGAGGAGGAGCAGAAGCUUCCCUUCCCUCUUCUCCCCUCCUUCUCUCCCUCCUCCUUCCUUCCCCUCUCUCUCCCCCCUUCUCUUUCUUUUCCUCUCCCUCAUUCUGAUUGUCUUCCUCUGCUUCUCUAUGAUUUGGUCUUUCAUUCUCUGGAAUAAAAAUGAUGGCAGGACUGAAGUUCUAGCAAAAGAUUUCAUGUACAAACCUGCAUUUCGGUAUUUACCUAUUGGGACACUGCUUCUCUCUUCCUCAGCUUUCUUCCUCAGCUUUGGACAUGACGGGACUGAAAAGGCUAAUGACCAUUUUGAUGGUGACUGGUUGCCUCUUAAAUCAUGGGAAGACACAGCAACCGUGCUCAAAUGGAUUUGAGGUGGAUCGUACCACAGGACGAUGCUUAGAUGUCGAUGAAUGUCGGACUAUUGCUGAAGCCUGCAGGGGAGAUAUGGUGUGUGUAAACCAGCAUGGUGGCUAUUUGUGCGCUCCACGAACAGAUUCUGUUUAUCGAACACCAUUUAUGAAUCCUUACGCAGCUAGUUUAUAUCCACCACCUCCAGCCCCAGCUCCUGCUCCCAAUUAUCCCACAGCUGCAAGAGCUCCUCUCAUGUGCAGGUUUGGCUUUCAAAUGAGUGACAGCAACCAGUGUGUAGAUGUUGAUGAAUGUGCAUCUGAAUCGCAUCAGUGCAACCCCACCCAAAUCUGUAUCAACACCGAAGGAGGAUAUACUUGCUCUUGCACUGAAGGAUACUGGCUUUUAGAAGGCCAGUGCUUAGACAUUGAUGAAUGUCGCUUUGGUUACUGUCACCAGUUGUGUGCCAAUGUACCUGGCUCCUACUCCUGUACAUGCAAUCCAGGAUUUAUCUUGAAUGAGGAUGGAAGAUCAUGUCAAGAUGUGAAUGAAUGUACAGCAAACAACCCUUGCGUUCAAAACUGUGUGAACACAUAUGGCUCAUUUCUUUGCCGCUGUGACCCUGGUUAUGAAUUGGAGGCUGAUGGUAUUAGUUGUACUGAUAUGGAUGAAUGCAGCUUUUCAGAAUUUCUUUGUCAGCAUGAAUGUGUCAAUCAGCCAGGCAGUUACUACUGCUUUUGUCCUGCUGGCUAUGUUCUCCUUGAUGACACCCGAUGCCAGGAUGUUAACGAAUGUGAAGUUGGGAAUCACACUUGCAACUUGCAGCAAACGUGCUUCAAUAUUCAAGGAGGAUUCAAAUGCCUAGACCCAGUAAGAUGUGAAGAACCUUAUCUCUUGAUCAGUGAAAAUCACUGUAUGUGCCCAGCUGAGAAUCCUGGUUGUAGAGAUCAGCCCUUCACCAUCUUGUACAGAGACAUGGACGUAUCGGGACGAACAGUGCCUUCUGAUAUAUUUCAAAUGCAAGCCACUUCCCGCUACCCUGGUGCCUAUUAUAUCUUCCAGAUCAAAUCAGGAAAUGAAGGCAGAGAAUUUUACAUGCGGCAAACUGGACCCAUCAGUGCCACCCUCGUGAUGACCCGUCCUCUGAAGGGUCCACGAGAGAUUCAGUUGGACCUGGAGAUGGUCACUGUUAACACUGUCAUCAACUUCAGAGGAAGCUCUGUGAUUCGGCUGAGGAUAUAUGUGUCACAGUAUCCCUUCUAAACCUUACAGUUGGAAAGGAAAUUAUCCCUUUUCUGCCAGAACUUUGUUCUCAGGAGUUAGUGCAUCAAAUAACUCAACAUGAAAUCUAUAUUAAAUGUUGUCGCAAUGGCUCAUGUUACAGUGAUGGGCCAGGCCUCUGCAAGGUUUGAAACCAUCUGAGGUUUUAAUUCUCAAUAGAUUUCUUAGACAAUUUGUUUUAUUUUGUGUUUGUUGACCAUGUGCUCUUAAGAAGCUUUUGUCUUGCUUUCCAAACAUUUUUAGAGUGUGAUUAUAAGCUUAUGAAACUGUGAAGCUCUCCACCUUUAUAACAGCAAUGCGGCUUAGCAAAAGCACCAGCAAAACCAUGGAAAAAGCUAGCUUUGCCUUUCAUUUUUCCUUCCUUAAAAAAAGCAAACAAACCACCUGUGGAACUGAGAAAACACCAGCCACUCUUUCAAAAAUAUCUAUAGAAGUAUCAGUUCUUACCAUUGUAUAUAUCUCAAUCAGAAACUAUCUCAUAUUGUCUCUAUUUUGUUUGCACAUCUCCAAGGAAGUAUCCUUUCAGUUUGGAUUUUUAAUUCCCGCAAAUCAUUGGCCACGAGUCAUAGAACAAAUACACACCUGGGAGGAUUUUGGCCUUGUGCUUCUUGGAAAGCAGAAUAAUAUUUGUACAAUAAGGACUUGUGUUUCUUUAAAAUAGUAGUUUGCAAUAUGGCAAAUAUGUACAAAUCAAAAGGAAAUAAGGAGGUUCUGUGUGGAUAUAUGCAGGUUUGAACUUUGAGUAACCUCCAACAUAAGCAAUUACAUGUGGUUUCAUAAUAUAGACUGUCUCAGCAUAUAUGCUUUGUUGAAUCAGCUCAUCAAGGACUAUUUAUAUAAGUCAAAUAUAAUGGAAAUGACUGUCGGGAAUUUUUCAAUGACCAAGCUUGACACAUUGUAUACGGUAGAUUCUUUCCCCAUUUAUGUCUUCUGAGAUUUAAAAGUAUAUUGUUUUAGCAUUAAACCCAUGAGGAAGAGGUAGCCUUGGGACCAUGCUCUUCCCUUUGCCCUCUCCUACAAUGAGAUUGCGAGGAGAUAUCAAGGAUUCACUUCCUGGUGUAGAUUUAUGGUUUGUUAACACAACCAAGGUUCAAAUCCUGGUUUGUUAGCAAACUAUAGUUUAAAGCCUAAUUUCUCCAGUUCAAGAAACUGGUUAGCUUAGAAACAGAAGUAGCUCACUUGCAAUGCUUAACCCUUUCCCAUAAAGCUCUUUUUCGCUACGUUAUAGAACGGCACACAAUCAUAGUACAAUUAAAGAGUCUUCCUAGAACUUCUUAAGCACAAAUGGUUAGGCAUAAUUCUAGCUUUGUUCCUUGAAAAGGCCAUCAUCAUUUCAAGUAAAAUAUUCCUAUGAAAAAGGUGAAGGGGAGAAUAUCAAUCUACCAGUGAAUUUUCUAUGAAAGUUCUGCUGAAAAAAGUGGAAUUAGUAAGUAAAUAAAAUAUAUCUGAAUACAUCACUGCUCUUGGGUAGUUCUCAUUUCUGUAAGACUUGUGAAUAGAAUUAUUAAACUGAUCAUCCUGUUUAGUCAGUUAUGAAAACCCUAAGAUUUGUUACCAAACAUUUACCUCUUUCACAAUGCUGUAAUUAGUAUUGGAGAACAUCUAGAUAGCCUUCAUCAGGGUACUUUACACAGACCAACACAAUGAAUCACAAAGAUGUAUUUCAUCUCAGAACUGUGAAGACUCAAAAGUGCAUCUUUAGUAUGCUUGCCCAAUUGCUUGCAUCUGAUUUUAAAAUAGCCACCAUUCAAAUUCAUAAACUGAAAUCAUAUGGAGAAAUAAUUAGUUCACUCCCACUGAAAUUCUAAAGUGUCCAGAAAUAAUUUAAAACCUUUAAAAUAUGAGACAUCCUAUAAAACAAAAACAAUAUUUGGUCUAGCUGCAAUGUGAUGUCUGUUAAUUUUCAUUGCUACACAGUAACUGUAAAUUUUAAAAUAAUAUGUAUGUAUCAGCAAAAUGUGGCAGCCCCCAUAGGCACAAUGGGUUAAAUCCUUGUACUGGCAGGACUGCUGACCAAAAGGUCAGCGAUUUGAAUAAGGGAGCGGGGUGAGCUCCCAUCUGUCAGCUCUAGCUCCCCAUGCGGGGACAUGAGAGAAGCCUAACACAGGAUGGUAAAACAUCAAACAUCUAGGUGUCCCCUGGGCAACAUCCUUAGAAUCAUAGAAUCAAAGAAUCGUAGAGUUUAAGCCAACUACUCAGUAAAACCAGCCUAACUGCUACAUCUGUAAGCACUUCUGUUAAUACACACAAUAUCUGUCUGCUAACCGAUGAAAGCAAAAUAGCCAUCUUCAAGGCACACAGGAUACAUAUCUGGAAGGAACAAUCAUCUCCAACACACUUCUUUUAGUGAAAGGCAGACCACAGAUGUCAAGAGAUCCCCAAUGUAUGUGUCCCCACAUAUAGCACUUUAUUGUCCCACAGGAUCAAAAUGAUGCACUUACAUGGGAAAAAAAUAUAUAAGGGUGCAAAGGGAAGAUACUGGCAUGGAGGAAAAUGUGUCCCCUGUCCCAAGUGACCCCAUCUAUUGACAUCAGUUCUGUUAUUACCAAUUCUGUUAUUGUAUUACCAGAACAGACUAGUCACUUCCUCAAUGUAGCCGCUUUCGUCUCUCAACGCUCCCUCUUCACAUUCCAGAUGGUAACAUGUCAUCUCUUCCCUAAUUAUUUUGCAUCCCAAAAGCAAUGGCGUAAUUUAUGCUAGGUGACUUCAAUGUUUCCUAUUCUUUCAUGCAUAAAUCCUUACUAAUUUCUAUAUGGAUCCAAACUUUAAAAAAAAAAUACAUUGUGUUUUAAAGUUUGUGAAGAAACACGGCAUUGAAUAUGUCAGCGUUGGACUGUUCUUUAAAGCUUUUAUAAAAAAAAAUGAAAAUUUCAUUUCCAAUAAAAUUAUAAGUGAG